AUGUCUACUAAUAAUCAAAGUGCUCAAGAAAUUCCACUUUCAACAGAUCAUUCAACGAAUCAAUUACAAUCAGAAAAUGGUGUAUCAGAAUCAUCUCAACAAAUUGAAGAAAUCGAUAUUGCUCUAGCUGAUCAAAGUGAUAGUUGGGAAACUGAUGAUGAAGGAGAUUUUUAUUCUGAACAAGAAAAUCAUAGUUUAUUAGAUCAAACUGAUGAUAAUGACGAUAGUUUUCUUGAUUUAGGUUUACCGGAACAUUUAAUUGAAUGUUAUCCAACAACAACUGCUGAAGACGCAUCAGUAGUUGGUGUUCUAUGUGAUAUUUGUCUAAAUGAAUAUAAACCAGAUGAUAAACUACGAACUAUUCCGUGUUUACAUAGAUUUCAUAGUAAAUGUAUUGAUAAAUGGCUUAAGAAAAAUUCAAAAUGUCCAAUGUGUCGAAGUGAUCUAUUACAAUCUGAAUGGUAUUCAGAUGAAACUAUAUGA